GCGUUAGCCCGUCCCCGCGGGGAUGUUAACAAUGGGAGGGCGGAGUGAGUGAUUGUCCGUCAGUGCAGACAAAUGAGCGAUUGUCGUCUGUUUGCGCGUGCUUGGCGGAUAACUGGGAGCAGUGAACGUGCCUCGGGUUUGGGCGCGAGGUGAAAGCGCGUGCCUUCCGAGCUAACGGUCAGCGGCUCCCUCGGCUAUGUGGGACGCCGAGCGCUGCUGGAGACGGAGCCGCGGGGAGGGAGAGCCUGCAACGGCAGAACGGGGAGGGGAAGGGAUCUGUGAAAAGGAGGGCCGCCCGCUUGGGGCUGCCGGGUUAAGGCGCACAGUGGAAUCGGCGGCAGCCCGGGGUCCCGGCGGAGUAAGCGACGGUUGGAUUGCAGCCGGUUGACGGUCAUGGGGCUCCUCUUCUCCAAAUUGAGGAGUUUCUUCUUUGACCAAGAACAUAAAGUUAUUGUUGUUGGCUUGGACAAUGCUGGAAAGACCACAAUACUUUAUCAAUUCUUGAUGAAUGAAGUUGUUCACACAUCACCUACAAUUGGAAGCAAUGUAGAGGAGAUUGUGGUCAAAAGUACACACUUUUUAAUGUGGGACAUUGGUGGACAGGAAUCACUGCGUUCAUCGUGGAAUACUUAUUACACCAACACUGAGUUUAUAAUUCUGGUUGUGGAUAGCACUGACAGAGAGAGAAUAUCAGUCACCAAGGAGGAACUGUAUAGGAUGCUGGCUCAUGAAGAUCUAAGGAAUGCAGCUGUACUAAUAUUUGCUAACAAGCAGGAUAAAAAGUGUUGCAUGUCUGCCAUUGAAAUUUCAAAGUUCCUUACACUAAGUACCAUCAAAGAUCAUCCAUGGCAUAUUCAAGCUUGCUGUGCUCUUACAGGAGAAGGUUUGUGUCAAGGUCUUGAAUGGAUGACAACCACAGUUGGAGGGAGAUGAAGAUAUGGCUCCAUAAACAUGGAAUUACCUUGUGCCUGUGGCAAGCUUAUGAAGUUGCAAACUGCUGCAUUUUGAAAAAACAAAAUUAAUUUAAAGCUGCUGUUACGUUUUCCAAAACAU